AUGGCCGCCGCCAGCUGUCUGCUGACUGAAGAUCAGCUUAUGUGCUCCAUCUGUCUGGAUGUGUUCACGGAUCCAGUCACCACACCGUGUGGACACAACUUCUGCAAAAACUGUCUCACGCAGCACUGGAAUACUGACCGACUAUGUCAGUGUCCCAUCUGUAAGAAGACUUUCUACUCAAAACCUGAGCUGCAGGUCAACACUCUAAUCUCUGACAUGGCUCAUGAGUUCAGACAGAAAGCCAGAGACAACGCUGGCCCAGAGAAGCAAGCUGCCAAACCGGGAGGGCCUCCCUGUGACUCCUGCUCUGGAACCAAAAAGAAAGCCCUGGUGUUCUGCCUGGUGUGGAUGUAUGUCUAUGCACAUUUAGUGCACAAGCAGCACGGCGCUCCUCUGAACGGAGGAAAGAUGGCCAAGCUGGUGAUGACAGAGGAUAAAAUUCAGCAGAUGAUCCAGAAGAUUCAACUGAAGAUUGAGCAGAUCAGACACUCGGUGAAGCUCAGUGAGAAGGAUGCAGGCAGAGAAAUAGAAGAUGGUGUCCAGGUCUUCACUGCUCUGAAGGAGUCUGUUGAGACAGUCCAGGACAAGCUCAUCAAAACCAUCACAGAGAAGCAGAGAGCAUCAAAGGAGCAGGCUGAAGGCUUCAUCAAAGAGCUGGAGCAGGAAGUCUCUGAGCUGAGGAAGAGGAGGACGGAGAUGGAGCUGCUCUCUGCGACUAAGCUGGAGGAGACGCUCACCGCAGAGAUGAAGAGGGAGAUGUCCAAGCUGCUCGCCAAGGCCGAGCUGAAGAGGGUCCAGCGUUACGCAGUGGACGUGACGCUCGAUCCUGACACAGCCCACCCCUCGCUCGUCAUGUCCGGCGAUUUAAAACAAGUGAGUCAUGGUAAUGUAAGGAAACAAGUCGCAGACAACCCAGGGAGAUUUGACUAUUGUGUUAUCAGCUUAGGAAAGCAGGGGUUCUCCUCAGGAAGGUUCUACUUUGAGGUUCAGGUGAAAGGGAAGACUGAGUGGGAUUUAGGGGUGGCCAGAGAGUCUAUCACCAGGAAGGGAGAUGUCAUUCUGCAGCCUCAGAGCGGUUACUGGACGAUAUGGUUGAGGAAAGAAAAUGAGUACAAAGCUCUUACCAACUCAGCGGUCCCUCUCCAUCUGAAGACCAAGCCUGAGAAGGUGGGAGUGUUUGUGGAUUAUGAGGAGGGUCUGGUCUCCUUUUACGACGUUGACACCGCAGCUCUGAUGUACUCCUUUACCGGCUGCUCCUUCACUGAGAAACUCUACCCGUACCUCAGUCCCAGUCUUAAUCAUGAUGGUAAAAACUCUGCCCCUCUGAUCAUCACCCCUGUUAAUCACACUGAGUAGAAGAAGACUGAGCAGAGAAACCUCAGUGUUGUGUUUGGUCCUUUUUUUUCCUCUGAUGUGUCUCAUUGAUCUCUGAUCAGUGCAGCAGCUGUCUGCAACCGUCCAGAAAUAAUGUCA